UUAUAGCAUGGUGUUCAAAUGUACGAUUCAAAGUAAUCUAAACAUUAGUUUUUUACAGUAGUGUUAUAAUCAAUUAUACGGUACAGUAUAUAAAACACCGGAAAAACAUUUACUAAACUUAUUAGUAAAUCAUUUUUUUUAAAUUUGAUAUUCGGUGUUGAUUAUAUUAAUUUCACAUUACAGUUUAUUUUAAAAAAAUGACACAAAGAACUUUAAGAAUAAUGAAGUCGGUGGAUAAUACUGUCGAAUCUGAUGAAGAUGAUACAAAUCAAUACUAUUUAAACGAUGAAGUCAUUAACGAAUAUAUGGAUCUAAUUACUAAACGUUCUCCUGACACAGUGUAUGCUUUCAAUACAUUUUUUUAUUUAGCUUUUUCUGAAAAGGGAUAUGAACAUGUUUGUCGUUGGACAAAAAAAAUUGACAUAUUUAGUAAGAAAAAAUUAUUUAUACCUGUUCAUAUAGAAGAAGAUGAACAUUGGUGUCUGGUAUGUGUCGAUUUCACAGAAAAGUCUAUUAAAUAUUACGAUAGUCUUGGAGGACGAAAUUUUAAGUGUUUAAAACUUAUAUUAAAGUAUUUGAUAUUUGAACAUCAGAAUAAGAAAAAUACAGAUUUUGUCGCUGGUGGUUGGUCAUUGAUGAAUGUAUCAAAAUGUCCUAAACAGCACAAUGUUUUUGAUUGUGGAGUAUUUGUUUGUAUGUUUGCUGAAUAUUUAUCUAGAGAUGCUCCAUUAAAUUUUUCUCAAAAACAUAUGACUCGGUUUAGAAAACAAAUAGCAUGGGAGAUUCAAAGAAAAAAACUCAAAAAAUCUGUGUGAUUAUCUUCAACUCGUAUAUAAUGGAAGUACAUAUGAU